AUGUACUCCACCGAUACCAGCAACGCAUACGAGCUCUUACCUCAAGUUUCAAUGGGCUCCGAAGAACAACGUUUGAACCCUGACCAAGAGCAAGAGGGUGAUCGAGCUGCCCAGUAUAUAGCGUUGGGAUCAUCUGGGGUACACUCGAUACUCGAUUGA